GGCGGUGCAACCAAUGAGAAGCGAGGAGGCGUGGCCGGCUGCGGCGUACGGAAAAAAUGGGGGUGAAGCUGGAGGUCUUUAGGAUGGCCCUGUACCUGUCCUUUCCUGUUACCAUGUUCUGGAUUUCUAAUCAGGCCGAGUACUUUGAGGAGUACGUGGUGAAGCGUAAGAGACAAAUCUUCCCCCCAGAGCGUGAGGACGUGAGGAGGGAAAUAGAGGAGCACAGAGAGAAACUAAGAAAAAUGAAAGACGAAAUGCAGGACAGGAUGAAGUAGACUGAAGUUCUUCUCUCUGAGGCUGCUGGGACCGAGCCACUGGUCCUCCUGUACGAUCUACCAUUAUCCCAACACCCCGCUCCCCCGCCGGAUCGCAUACAGUCGUAAUGUUUUGUACAGUUCUAAAUUAAAGACUGAAUGAUUGUU